CUUCUUUUCUGAUCUACCAAAGAAUCUUUUCUGAUGUACUCACCAAAGAAUUAGUACUCUAAUACUUAAGUGACUGACUACUUUUUUUUUUUUUUCCCGGUCUAUUAUAUACUGUACGGAGUACUAGACUCUAGUAAUGGUAGCGGAAAAUGAGGAAUAUUUUUUUCCUCUGCUUUUUUGUCGUUUAGGAAAGUUGAGAACUUUUGGUGGCUGCUACUUACAUUUUGUCCAUAAAGAAAUGGCCAGUUGUUGUAAAUUAUAUUAUAGUAAUAUAAAUUUGAAAAUUGGGAAACAUAUGCAUGUGGGGAAGCAACGACUCAAAUCACGCAGGCACAGAAGAAGGAUGACAACAUCGGCGAAGCAACUCCUAUGUAUAUUCACAGCAAUGAUGCUUGUUUUCCUGGUAGUAGUUUCUGGCGCCGAGGAUGUCCGGAGAACAGACUUCCCUGAUACUUUCAUUUUUGGUGCUGGUUCUUCUGCUUAUCAAGUUGAAGGAGCAGCAUUUGAAGACGGAAGGAUGCCUAGCAUUUGGGACACCUUUGCUCAUUCUGGUAUUUAUGGAGGAGCCAAUGCAGAUGUAUCUUGUGACGCAUACCACAAAUACAAGGAUGAUGUAAAACUCAUGGCUGAUACCGGUUUGGAAGGGUAUAGAUUUUCCAUUUCGUGGUCGAGACUUAUUCCCAAUGGAAGAGGUCCUAUUAAUCCUAAAGGAUUACAGUAUUACAACAAUCUCAUCGAUGAGCUCAUCGGUCAUGGAAUUCAGCCGCAUGUUACUUUAUGUCACAGUGAUCUACCACAAGCACUUGAAGAUGAAUAUGGAGGAUGGAUGAGUCGAAAGAUAAUCGAUGACUUCACUGCCUAUGCGGAUGUGUGCUUCAAGGAAUUUGGUGACAGGGUUUUGUAUUGGACUACCUUAAAUGAAGUCAAUGUGUUCACUAUAGGCGGUUAUGAUAUUGGGCUCUCACCCCCAAAUCAUUGUUCUCCACCUUCUGGAGUUAGACCCUGUUCCAUGGGUAACUCUUCAACCGAGCCAUACAUAGUAGCUCAUAAUAUACUACUUGCCCAUUCAGCUGCUGUGAGACUUUACAGGAGAAAGUACAAGGUAUCGCCUUUAAACAUCACAUCAAAUAAUGUACGAGAACUUACUUGUGUACUAAAGCCCCAAAUGUUUGCUAACAGUGUGUAUGUUACAAUGCAGUCAACUCAACAUGGUUUUGUGGGAUUAAAUCUCUUUGCAUAUCGGCCUCUUCCUUAUACAAAUAAAACGGCUGAUAUAAUUGCAGUACAACGAGUUUACGAUUUCUACAUAGGCUGGUUUGCCAAUCCCUUAAUGUUCGGAGACUAUCCUGACAUAAUGAAGAGGAAUGUUGGCUCUAGAUUGCCCAAAUUCACAGGAGAAGAGUCUAUGCAAGUUAAAGACGCUGUAGACUUCAUAGCUCUGAACCAUUAUCAAACAGUACAUGUCAAAGAUAGCCCCAGCAGCCUGGAAACUAAAAUCAUGGACUUCGACAAUGAUGGAGCAUUUCAAGUUAUAUAUACGGAUGAUGAUUCUCCACCAGGUCAGACUGAGUAUCCAGUGACACACCCGGGGCUAGGAGGAGUAUUAGAAUAUCUCAAGCAAGCUUAUGGCAAUCCACCUAUAUAUAUUCAUGAAAAUGGUCAAUUGACUCCACGAAAUGCGAUGUUAAAUGAUACAAGUAGGGUACAAUAUCUGCAAGCUUAUAUUGGGAAUCUGCUUGAUGCUAUGAGGAAUGGGUCAAACGUGAAAGGCUACUUCAUGUGGUCGUUCCUAGACUGUUUUGAGUUACUGGACGCAUAUGGUUCGGCAUUUGGCCUAUACUAUGUGGAUUUGAAUGACAAAGACUUAACAAGAUAUCCAAAGCUUUCUGCAUAUUGGUACUCUAAUUUCUUGAAGGGGAAAGCAUCCAAACAUGCUGCAACUCUUGAGAUUGAGGACAAAGUACUUCAUUCUUCCCAAUAAGUACUCACAACGUUGAUGUAUUUCACAAAUGUCAGCUGAUUUUGUUUCCAAUUCUUGCAAAUAGUGAUUCAUCAGGUCUAUAUUAGUCGUGUAACCUUGUAUAAUGAUAAUCUUAAUAGUAAAUUAAUUGACAUCUGGAGGCAGCAUAUGAGGAGUAUCUUAGUUCAAAACGAAAAGAUUAUUAUCAUGUGGUUCAUUCCUAUGUGUUGCUUUGAUCAGUUACUCCUCCAAUAAUAUGAAAGAGCAUAAAAGAAAUGCUUUUGGGGAUAUUCAAA